CUCUAGAAAAUCCUGGUAGGUUUUGAUAGUGGUUGAUUAGGAGAACAGAUGGCCGGCGAGUCGUCGUCGAAUUCGAGGAAUGCCGGAGAUUCCUACAUCGGAAGCUUCAUCACUCUCAUCUCCAAGUACGAGAUUCGGUACGAGGGCGUUCUCUAUUGCCUCAACGUUCAAGAUUCCACCAUCGGCCUCAAAAACGUAAGGUCUUUUGGAACAGAGGGUCGAAAGAAAGAUGGUCCACAAAUUCCACCAUAUGACAAGGUGUAUGAAUACAUUCUUUUCCGUGGAAGUGACAUUAAGGAUUUGCAAGUUAAAUCCUCUCCUCCUGCCCAAACAAAUGAGCAGAUCCACAAUGAUCCAGCUAUUAUUCAGUCACAGUAUGCAGGACUGCCUUGUAAUUCCUCUCCAAUACCUUCUGUUGGAGGUAGAACUUUGACAGAAUCAAAUCAAUGGCAAGAUACCCCAGUGCUGAGCAGUAGAGCCUAUCCAAGUGCAUUUCCUGCGCAUCAAUCACCAUCUCAGUCAGGGCCAUCAAAUCACUCCCAGACUGCUCAAAAUGCUGGUGGUCCAUCAAUGCCCACAUCUUUUUUUUGGCAAGGAUACAAUGGAGCACCAACCAGUGUUUCAAAUGCUGCAUCAAAUCCUAUUUCUUUACAAUCGCCAUUGAAUUUAUCACCUCCCAUGCCAGUGCAGAACCAUUUGCAGGCUCAUCAACUUCAGACUAUGCCUACUGGAUUGAUAAAUACAUCUGAACCUGUUAUCUCUGUGCCUACAUCUGUCGUAGUUAGUUCUUCAUAUCCUCUUUUUGCACAUUCUCUUACUCCAGUGCAAUCUUCUUCUCCACCUGAUAUUCCAUCUUCCUCAUCCAUAAAGGUGUCUUCUCCCUCCCAUGCUGCAUAUAUGAAUAUGACUGCUAACAAACUGACAAUGCCUUCAUUCCCUUCAUCAUAUCAAGAAACAAACCCUACUGAAGCUGAAACUGUUAGUAAAGCUGCUGUGGAUCAUGUUGCUGAUCCAAAAUCAAUCCAUCCUGCUCAGCCUAUGCCUUACCAUCAACCAUUUGUUAGCUCUGCUUCAAAUCCCUUGCUAAUGCGACCCCCAUCUUUGGUAACUCCAAAUCAGUUAGCACAAACUAGACCCCAUGUACUUUCCUCGACUCAGUUGAAUUACCCUGAUCAGGAGGACGUUGAUCCUGGCUCAGCAGUACCAUCUUACAUUCCUCCUGCAAAUUCUACUCCAGUAACUCAACCACCGUUGUUGCCGCUGCCAGUUUCCAAACAGCAUUCUCAAUACUCAACUAGAGAGUUCACCGAAGAAUUUGAUUUUGAGGCCAUGAAUGAAAAAUUCAAGAAGGAUGAAGUCUGGGGUUACCUUGGUAAGGGAAAACAAAGGGAUAGAACUGAGGAUUUUGAGGAUAAUGCUCAUGAACAAACCUUAUGGGACAAAGAGGGUCGUGGCCAGUCAUCCAAUUUUGAUCCUAAGCCUGCAUAUAAGAAGGAUGACUUCUUUGACUCAAUUUCCUGUAAUUCACUCUCUCAUGGUGCAUGGAAUGGACAGAACCAUUUCACUGAGCGGAUGAAGCAGGAUACUGAGACUUUUGGCAACUUCCAGCAAAGGCCUCGUCCCAGUUAUGGACCUUAUGGUGGCUAUGGCGCUGGACGUGGUGACAAUUUCAGGGGCUCUUAUAACUGGGGCAGGGGAUAUGGCUAUGGUGGAAGGGGCCGUGGUGGAAACAUGCAUUUUUAAAUGCUUUAUGUAUUGUCAAUAUCCUUUGAAAUCCAUGGCAACUGGUGACGCUCAAAUUUCCAUCAUUCAUCUGCAAUUACUCCUUAACAACUUUUAGCAUUAUUAGGAUAUUACUGUCUCAAGGUUAAAUGAAUGAUUGUCACUUGGGAUUUUUAUAUGAGAUGCUUUGUAGGCACCAUCUAACUGAUAAACCAUGGCAUGUUCUGUUUUAGUUUUUGUUUUUUGUCUUUUGUUUUUUUUCAAACGCAACAUUAUCCCACUUGAAAAGAAGGGGAAAAAAAAGGAAUUAUUGUAGCUUGCUUAUUAUACACGCCUCUGUGUGAAGGAUGCAUCUGAACGAAUAUCACCAACAAUGUUGGCAUUUUCCCUUUUUUUUCUUCUUUGUAGCUCUUUGGAGACUGAAAGGAUAGAUAAUGCUUGUUCUCAUUACAAUCAAAUGCCCAAAGAUGG